AUGGAGGAUGUAAAAGACCCGCCGACCGUCCACCGGUCCUCCUCCUUCAGCAUCAAGAGCCUCCUGCUGCCCUCCAAGUGCGACAGACCGGACCCGGUGUCUGCUGCUGCGGCCGCGGUGGUGGUCAGCAUCCCGGGGACCUUCUCUCCUACCUCCGACUCUGAGAAGUCUCUGGACCCACCGGAGGAGGACUCCACGGCUUUGGAGCUGGAGAAGCCGGCCAAGGAGGAGCAAGAGGAGGAGGAGGGUGUCAAAACCACACCGGAGCAGAACACUAACACCAAUAAUAAAAAUGGGAAAUAUGACAAGCCUCCCUUCAGCUACAACGCGCUCAUCAUGAUGGCCAUCCGGCAGAGCCCGGAGAAGAGGCUCACCCUGAACGGCAUCUACGAGUUCAUCAUGAAGAACUUCCCGUAUUAUAGGGAGCACAAGCAGGGCUGGCAGAACUCCAUCCGGCACAACCUCAGCCUCAAUAAGUGCUUCGUGAAGGUGCCCAGGCACUACGACGACCCGGGGAAGGGGAACUACUGGAUGCUGGACCCGAGCAGCGAUGAUGUCUUCAUCGGAGGAACCACCGGGAAGCUCCGGAGACGCUCCGCCACCUCCCGGGGCAAGCUGGCCAUGAAGCGGGGGCUGCGCUUUGCUCCUCUCGGGUUGGGGAUUAACGACCGGGCCAAUAACCCUCUCUACUGGCAGAUAUCUCCCUUCCUCUCCCUGCACCAUCACCACCACCACCACCCACACUAUAAUGGAUCCACACCCGGGUUUUUGAACCAGGCAGCCGGGUAUGGGUCCCUGUUGCCCGCAGUGGAGCAGCUGAGCAAUGGGGACUUGGGUCGCUCCAUCCUGGGUGGGUCGGCGGCCGGGUACGGGAUGAGCCCGUCGCCGGUCGGGCUGCUGUCCGGACAGACUGGGUACUUUGUCUCAGGGAGUCAGCACCCUGCAGCCCCGGGAGGAGGAGGACCGGCUCCUCAUCCGCACCUCCAGCAGGGAGCACAAGGGUUUGGCGGCUUGGCGAGCAGCAGCUCCCCGCAGUCCCUGCUGUCGGACUCCCUCAGAAACAGCUCCAUACCGGGCUUCUCCACGGGCAUGUCUGCGGGGUUCCCCGGGGUGCUGUCCCAUCAAAAGAGGGUGACUUCUUCAAACGCUUUCCUAAACUGA